GCUGCGAAACCCGUCCAUGCGACUGAGAGCGCCGCCUUCCCUCUCCGCCCUUCUCUCGCCACCAAAACCCUACCUCUUCUCGAAACCCUUCUCUCUUUCCUAUCUCUCCCGUCCUCGAACCCUCGCGACCAUGGCUAAAACCCUCGACGAAUCCGACGUCGGCAUCUCCUGCUACGUCUCUUCCCUUGCCGGCUUCCGCGGCAUCUUGAAGCAGAGGUACUCUGAUUUCAUAGUCAAUGAAGUAGAUUCCGAUGGGAACAUCGUCCGUCUCACCUCCUUUGAUCUUCCCCAAGAGGAAUUUGACGAGAAAGGUCGAGAGAAUCCUUGUUCCGAUGGUAAAGAUUACACCUUGGAGAUUGAAUCGUUUCGGUCCCUUUGCGGCGAGGUUGAUGCUGAUGCAUUGAAGGCUUUUCUUGGGAAGGUUUUGGCCUCAGAAAGCGAUGCCUCUCCCAUUGUGCUCUCUCCCGAUCCUGACAAGUCUCAUCGAGCGGAAGUUCACAAUUUCUUCAAGAGGAAUUUCAAGUUCUUGGUCACGGAUACUGUUGAAGAAUCAGAAGGGAGUUCAAAAUGCAUAAGAGUGAGGUUCUCUUCAGGCAAGGGAGGAGGUAUGAGCAAGAGGGGAAUGAAACGGAAGGAUACCAAAGAUGACAAACCAUUUGACAGCAGAGGCUCUAAGAAUUGGCCAGAGCAUAUUGGAAAGUUUUUGAGGUUUAAUCUUUAUAAAGAGAACAAGGACACCCAAGAGGCUUUAGGACUUAUUGGAAAGAUGCUAGGCGUUCAUCAACGAUCAUUCGGCUUUGCUGGUACAAAAGAUAAACGUGCUGUAACUACUCAAAGGGUUACCAUAUUCAAGCAGCAUGCGAAAAGGUUAGCUGAACUUAACAGCAGACUAUUUGGUGUUAAAGUAGGAGAUUUUUGUUAUGUAAAGGAAGGGCUUGUUCUUGGCCAGCUUGCAGGAAAUCGUUUCACAAUUACUUUGAGAGUCGUUGCUGCAGAUUGUAAGGACACCAUAAAAGCAGCUGCAGAUGGUUUACAGAGGAAUGGGUUUAUCAACUAUUAUGGUUUACAGCGUUUUGGAAGUGGUUCUGUGCCAACCCAUCUUGUUGGAGCAGCUUUACUUCGGGGGGAAUGGAAAGGUGCUGCAGCUCUGAUUCUUGAUCCCAGGGAAGGAGAACGCCCGAUCACAAGAGAGGCACGGGAAUAUUAUAAAGAACAUGGUGAUGUUGAUUCAACACUGAAGAAACUACCUCGUUUUCUGGUUGCUGAGAGGGCUAUUCUUCAAUGUUUGAAGAAGUCCCCUGGCAACUACCUGCAGGCACUAAAGGCUAUUCCUAGAACAUUGAGAAUGAUGUAUGUGCAUAGCUACCAAAGUUUUCUAUGGAACCAUGCAGCUAGCAUGAGGGUGCAGAAAUAUGGGAUUUCACAGGUGGUACUAGGAGAUUUGGUACUAUGUAAAGAAAUCUCUCCUGCAGAAAUGGCUUCCUCUGACAAUCCUGACCUCGAAGAUGAUUGUAAUGAUGGAGAUAAUUGUUUAUUGGAUUUGUCUGAUGGAGUACAUUCUGAAGAAAAGGUUCAAUUUGUAAAAGUUGUUGAUUCUGAAGAUCUUCUUAAAGGACUCUAUACAUUCGAGGACGUUGUACUUCCUUUGCCUGGUUCAAAAAUUUUGUAUCCAGCAAAUGAUAUUGCUGGUGUGUAUCAUGAUUUGGCAAAGAAGGAUGGAAUUAGCUUGACAGAAAGUGUUCAUGGUGCCAAGGAAUUUUCAAUUUCUAAUUUGAAGGGUGCUUAUAGACGGGUAUUUCAGCGUCCUAUUGAUUUUGUGUGGGAAUUACUGGAUUAUACAGAUGACAAUAUACCUUUGGUUGAGACCGAUCUUGAUAUCAUGCAAAAAGAUUCUGGCCUCUCUAACAAAGAAGUGUUUGUAGAUGGAAUCUCUGUCAGCCAGACUAAAAACUUAGAUUCAGAGGUUUCAAUUGGUAAACAUAUGGUUGAGGAUGGAAACGUGGAUCCAUCACCAACGAUCGAGCUUGUUCACAACUCCGACAUUCAGUCACCCAAGCUUGCUCUGAAAUUAGCAUUUACUCUUCCGACAUCAUGCUAUGCCACGAUGGCCGUAAGGGAGUUACUAAAAUCUUCAACCUCAGUUUCUUAUCAUAAAUCACUGAACCAUUGACUCUAUUGGGUGUUAAAAGUUGUUUCUCUGGAAGAGUCACAAUGUUUGAAACGGACAGGGCAAGUUGCUGUGGAGGAUGAAGCCACCUUAAGUCUUUCUUGUUCGCUCACUCUCAUUCUUUGUAUGUGCCCUUGCAAGUGUCUGUGAUGUGUUGGUUCUAUAACAAGCUGGUUAUUUAUGAAAGCCAGUGGUACUGACUUUUCAUGUUAUAUGUACUUCCCACUAAUAAUCAUACUCCAGCAGCAACUUCUUUUUUAGAAUAUGCUUGUCUGACAUACUCAACUUUAUUUGGCAGUGAAUAAUUUCAAAUUCAUUAGACACAGUUGUCAUUGGCCGACUGACUACUGCUAGAUUAUCAUCAGUGGCAACUUGAUUCAAUUUGUGGGCUGCAAUUAUGCACAAGGCUUCAACAAUGUGGCAGAGAUUUGGUGGAAUUCUCUUUCAUGGUUGUUAUGGAAGAUAGUUUUGGUUCACUGGGUUAAAAUGAUUUCCUGCAAUAUAUUCCAUUUUUAUCUUAUCUAGCGAAACCGAUUUGGUUAAGGUGCAAAAAAUGUCAGGUUAUAAAGUAGUAGUCUUUUGAUGUAGCAGACUGUCUAUGGCCUGCCUUUAUAAAAUAUGUAUACUGUUGCCUGUUCUUGUGGUCGUGUGUUUUGAUUCAGCAGACGAUGGCCUGUCUCUAUAAAAUAUGUUUAACUGUUGCCUUCUCGUG